AUGGCUUUGACCACUCUUGGUAUUCAUGCAGUGGUCGUCUGUACCCGUGGACCUGAAGAUUUUGACAUCAAUGUACACUGCGUUGCCGAAAUAUUUAAUACAAGGAUAUACUCUAGUGGAUUUCGCGUGGUUUGGGACCAGAAUACAGUUGUUCGUCUGGAUGGUAGAUUAGCGUGGGAUCCAUCGCUCCAAGAUAUCCAAGUCAGCCGCAGCAUGUACCGCAUCCAAAUUAAGCGCGAAGUAAGGACUAGUAAAGUAAAUGUUUGGAUUCCGAGGCGUAUUGAGAUCAUCGAUCACGAGGUGGCACGCGUUGUCUUCGAGCAGGUGCUGGUCGAAUAA